AUGAGAACGUACGACGAUACCUUCUCCGGCCAGAGGAUCUACCCUGGAAAGGGUAAGCUGUACGUCCGUGGCGACAGCAAGAUCUUCCGUUUCCAGAACGGCAAGUCCGAGUCGCUUUUCCUCCAGCGCAAGAACCCCCGCCGCAUUGCCUGGACUGUCCUCUACCGCCGCCAGCACAAGAAGGGUAUCUCUGAGGAGGUCGCCAAGAAGCGCUCCCGCCGUACCGUCAAGGCCCAGCGUGCCAUCGUCGGUGCCUCCCUCGAGGUGAUCAAGGAGCGCCGCUCCAUGCGCCCUGAGGCCCGCUCCGCCGCUCGUCUCGCCGCCAUCAAGGAGUCCAAGGCCAAGAAGCAGGAGACUCAGGCCGCCAAGAAGGCUGAGAAGGCCAAGAACGCUGCCAACCCCAAGGCCCGUGUCACCUCGAAGCAGGGUGCCAAGGGUGCGCCCGUCAAGGUCGCUGCCAAGUCCCGUUAA